GGAGUAUAUUUUUACUACUAACAUCCUUUUCUUCUUUUCGUCAUUCUCCAUUUCUUUAAUCCCAUUUUUCCUAUCCGUGACAACUUGAUUUGCUUCUGUAUAAAUAGUUUAAUGGGUUUGUCUCUGAUUAAAAUAAUCACUAUUAUUUUCAUUGAUUAGUGUAGUCAAUGGUAUUCAAUCAUGGCUGUUUCUGAAUGAAUUAUCAUCGUUUUCAAUACAGAUAAACAAGCAAUUUUUAUUUAAUUUAUAAUACUUGAUUUGAUUUUAAAGUUAACAUUUUGUUUGAUUCAUUUGUUUAUUCUGGUAUCUGUGUGGGAUUUCCAGGCAUUUACGGAAGGUGGGGUGUUUGACUUUGUUGGUAAAAGGUUGUGUCUGCUGUGGAUGUUACGGAAGGUCAAGUUUUUUUUGAUUCAUUAGCCUCUCUCAAUGUUUGUUGGCUCUUAAUUUAGCUUUUUCUGGGUUUCAUUUACCAUAUUAUGGAACUGGAUCUGUCUUCUCAGAUCAAUUCAUUUUUACUGGGUUCUGAUUUGUUUGAGUGGUACUCUCAUAGUGUUUGGGAAAUUUUUUAUUUUUCAUGAUUUGAAGUUUUGAACUGCAUCAUGGUUGAGGAAAUCUAGUUCCUUUUUGGUUUAGAACAACACCCUUUUGGUACUUCUGAGCCUUGUGAGUUGUGAAAUCUAGAUAGUGUGGAAAGAAGUGAUCUUUUGAGGUUUUCUUGUGUGGGGUAAGAUGGAUGAAGCUGGAAAAUCGUGGGUGCGGAGGACGAAUUACUCGCACACCGUGUGUCACCGGUUGAACUAUUCGAGAUCUUUCAACCUGCAGACAGAGGCAGUGCAGAGUUCAGGUCUGAAAUCAAGGCCAUCAGCAUCUUCAUUAGCAGCAGCAGCUCCUCCUCCUGUUGUUUCUAAGGUUUCACAGGUGCAGAAGAAGACUCCUGUGACGAUGAAGCAGAGAUCUUUGUCUCCUUUGCCGGCGACUUAUGUCUCUGAAACCUUCAAGGAAGCCAGGCAUGAACGGAAGAGGUUCUCGACUCCCGGUCCGCGGAGGAGUGUUGAGGAUAAGAAAAUCAUGGGGAAGCUGCUGAACAAGGAUUCUCAUCAUGUGUCGAAUUCUAAAUCCCCUACUUCCAGUCCAAUGAAGAUGUUUGCAUCAAUGAAAAUAAGCGGCGGCAAGUCCAAGCACAAGGACUCUGGAUGGACAAAGUAUUUUGACCACGGCGGAGGGAAGGUAACUGCUGUGGAAACAGCUGAAGAAUGGAAUGUAGACCUCUCCAAGCUCUUUGUUGGUCUCAGGUUUGCUUAUGGGGCUCACAGCAGGCUUUACCAUGGCGUGUACGAGGGUGAAGCUGUUGCUGUAAAACUUAUCAGGGUCCCGGAUGAUGACGAAAACGGAACGUUGGCUGCUCGAUUAGAGAAACAAUUCAUCAGUGAAGUGACGCUUUUAUCUCGCCUCCACCAUGAAAAUGUUAUAAAGUUCAUAGCAGCAUGCAGAAAGCCACUUGUUUAUUGUGUGAUCACAGAAUAUCUAUCGGAAGGUUCCUUCAGGGCCUAUUUGCAUAAGUUGGAGAAGAAAACAAUUUCUCUACAAAAGCUGAUUGCUUUUGCGCUGGAUAUGGCUCAUGGAAUGGAAUAUAUACACUCUCAAGGUGUCAUUCAUCGAGACCUUAAACCAGAGAAUAUCCUUAUCAAUGGAGACUUUCGCCUUAAAAUUGCUGAUUUCGGCAUUGCUUGUGAGGACGGAUCCUGCGAUUUACUUGCUGAUGACCCUGGUACGUACCGCUGGAUGGCGCCUGAGAUGAUCAAACGGAAAUCCUAUGGGAGGAAGGUUGAUGUAUACAGUUUCGGGCUUAUCUUAUGGGAAAUGUUGACGGGGACAUUACCAUAUGAGGAUAUGACUCCCAUCCAGGCUGCUUUUGCAGUCGUAAAUAAGAAUUCAAGGCCUGUUAUCCCUUCAAACUGCCCACCGGCUAUGCGAGCUUUAAUUGAGCAAUGUUGGUCAUUGAAUCCAGACAAAAGGCCCGAGUUCUGGCAGGUUGUUAAGGUAUUAGAGCAAUUUGAAUCUUCGCUCGCUCGCGAUGGAACCUUGACCUUGGUGCAAAACCCUUGUUCCCAGGAUCAUAAAAAAGGGCUUCUUCAUUGGAUUCAAAAGCUUGGUCCUGUGCAUCAAAGUAAUGGUCCAAUGCCUAAACCUAAAUUUACAUGAAUCUUCCAAGUGGCCUGGCUUUUGUAGUACACCAGGUCCAUUGUAAUUAAUAUUGAAUGGUUUGGAAUAGGUUUGUUUGUUGAGAUUCUCUGUUUGUGAGAUUAAUUUGAUUUGUAGGCUUGUACAUUGAGGUAAAAAUACCUUUUGUUUUCUCUGUUGUGUAAAUGACUAAUUAUAGUUAUGGUAUAGCAACAAGACUAGUAGUUUUUCU